UUACUGUAGCUGUUAUCCAGUGUAUAGUUUAUUCAUUUACAGAAAAUGUAAAAUCUCUCUCUUCUUUUGUUUAAAUUGUUUUUAAAGCAAUGAGUGUGUUUAAUCGUUUUCUUUUGUGUAUUUAUUUUUAAUCAAAUGGUUUAAUCAAAGGCUAAUUUGUUAAGCGUCAACUAUUAAAGAUUAAUCGAUAAUCAUGGCGACACUUAAAAAACUAAGUGAGGAAGCUUUGACUCGUCCACCGGAAGAGGUUUUCGAUAUGAUUUGUAAAUUAGGCGAAGGCUCUUAUGGAUCUGUAUUUAAAGCAUUACACAAGGAAUCCGGACAAAUCUUAGCAAUCAAACAAGUGCCAGUUGAAAGUGACCUUGGAGAAAUAAUUAAAGAAAUAUCAAUCAUGCAACAGUGUGAUUCGCCUUAUGUAGUUAAAUAUUAUGGAAGCUAUUUUAAAGGUAAAACUCUAGGAAGUGAUUUAUGGAUCGUAAUGGAGUAUUGUGGAGGUGGAAGUGUCAGUGAUAUCAUGAGGUUAAGGAAGAAAACACUCACUGAAGAUGAAAUUGCAACCAUACUGAAAGAUACCCUACUCGGCUUGGAGUAUCUCCAUGCUCGUCGCAAGAUUCACAGAGACAUUAAAGCAGGAAAUAUUUUAUUAAACAGUGAAGGUCAUGCCAAAUUAGCUGAUUUUGGUGUUGCCGGUCAACUAACUGAUACUAUGGCUAAAAGAAAUACUGUUAUAGGGACACCUUUUUGGAUGGCUCCAGAGGUUAUACAGGAAAUUGGUUAUGAUUGUUUGGCUGAUAUCUGGAGUUUAGGUAUAACAGCAUUGGAAAUGGCUGAGGGUAAACCACCUUACGGUGAUAUACAUCCCAUGAGAGCAAUUUUCAUGAUACCUACCAAACCACCACCAUCAUUCAGAGAUCCUGAUCGCUGGUCAACUGAGUUUAUAGAUUUUGUAUCUCGCUGUCUUGUCAAAAAUCCUGAACACCGAGCUUCAGCUAGCAGUCUACUUAAACAUGAGUUUAUUAAUAGAGCUUUACCAGUUAGCACGUUAACUGGCAUAAUCCAAGAAGCCAAAAUGAUUCAACAAGAACACUAUAAGCAAGACUGGACUGGUGAUGAGGAUGUUGACUCCUCAACAAUAGUUCCUAGCUCAAACAGUCAAACACUUAAGCCAUCUUCCUCAGAUGGAGCCAAUGGAACAGCAACCAGUCAGAGUGGUAGUACCAAAUCAGGAACUGUGAAAACGAUGAAUACAGUAUCAGAUGUAGAAUCAGACCUUGGAACGCUCAUAAUUAAUGAUGAGUCGGAUGAUGAGGACGGUGAUCGAACCUUAAAACCAGCAUUUAUGCAACAUUUUGAAAGGACUCGAGAAUUAGAGAAAGAAUAUAGCAAUCAUAGUGACUCUGCGAACAAAACAGAUAUCAAAGAACAAGAUUUAAAUAAAAGAUUGGCGGAAACUACAACCUCUGCCUUUUCAAUCCACGAUUCGCUUUUACAACACCACCAGGUACAAGCUCAGACAAUGCCAGCAACAGCUCAGAUUCAACAAUCUCAAUCGCAACAAAACUUACCUUCGACCCAUUCAAAUCAAACAUUACAAUCUCAACAAGCACAACAUCAACAGCAACACCACCAACAACAACCUCCACAAUAUCAACCAAUGUCGCGUGCAAUUAUGUUAGAAAGUGAUUUUGAAUUUCUUCGAUAUUUACCUCUUGACGAGCUUCGUAAACGAAUGGCUAAUCUUGACUAUGAAAUGGAAAAUGAAAUUGAAGAAUUAAGACGACGAUAUGCAGCCAAAAGACAACCUAUUCUCGAUGCUAUUGAUACCAAAAGAAAGCGACAACAAAAUUUUUGACAAAAUUGCGAGCUUCCAUCCAACUGUAUCUAAUCAAAUUAUCAUUACAGCCAAUUUUGCACCUACAAAUGACAAGAAACUCACAUCAAGAGUUCACUUUUUUCGCAACCAAAUUUUCAAUAAAAUACAUCCACAAAUCGAGAAA